UUUCAUUACCACUACCGUCAUUGUUCUAUUUAUCAUUCCCAAAGUGGCCUACAGCUUGCGGCAACUGCUCACAGCUACAUGGAGAGCAGGAUGUCCCAGGAAGGGGGCCAGCCUGGCGCGAUGGGGUCCACGUCGGUCCCCCGCUCCGUAUCCGUCUCGGAUGCCAUCACAUUGUUCGAACAAAAAUCUCGAUCCUCAUCGACAUCAAUGUCAAGAUCAUCAUCCCGUUCAGUCAUCUACAUGAACACAACAUCAAGCCCUUCUGGGUCUGGUAAUGCGGUCAAGUCUGAAUCACGGAUAAAACACCCCCCGAGAUCCCCGUCCAACACAGCGGUAUCAAUAUCGGGUGAUGCGCAGCCGCAGUUGGCGGAAGUCAGUGUGUCGAGCAAAUCCCGUAGCAUGGAUGUUGCCAGUGAUACUGGAGAGGCGAAUGAGAUCGGUGUAAGGGGUGUGCCGACUAUCCGACCACAACGUUCGGCGUCUCGCCCAAUGGUCCCCAAGAGGGUAGCAUCAAAUACAUCUGCCACGACAUCCGCAUCACGGACUCCUCCAGCAUCUCCCAGAAAUCAUCCAGGAAGAUCAAUAUCAAACGUAUCGUCCAGCUCUUCUCGAGCAUCGCUGGCAAAUGGUAGUGCAUCAAACAAGGCCAUAGGAAUAGGUAUAGGUGUCCCGAGCACAGUUAGGAGCAGAGAUGCUCGGAGAGCAAGCGAUACUGCCAGCAUUCGACCUCGUAGCCCGCGCACCUCCUACAUUGCACCCAAUCGGCAGCCAUUCCCACAUAGUAUAAGCGCUCCACGCAGCCUCAGCUCUCAAUCGUAUGGCGUCGAACAUGACGAUUUCUCCCCCCGCUCCGAGCGAUCACAGUCUCCCUUCCAUCUCCAACCUGCCAUAUCUGUAUCGCAAGCUACCCCUGAGAAGCUUCUCCCACCUCUGUACAUGCAAUCCUCAAGGUCAGACUUGCCGAGGCGUACUAAUGGGAUACCCAUCCCGUUAUCUCGACAUACCAGUAUCUCAUCGACUCCCAGCGCGUAUUACACGCCACCAUCAUCAAAAUCCCCCAUGUCAUCAGAAUUAGAACAAAAGGGGGAGGAUGUGACUAAAAGCUCGAUUCUGGAUGGAUACUUUCGCAACUCAUUCGGAAGAGACUCUUCAUUCGGACCUGAACCCAUAACAUUAGCAACAACACUUGAGCAGACGAGAUCCGAUCUGUCGAUCGCUCCAGAUAUGGAUCGCAGAUCUAGUGCCAUGGAAUUGUAUAGACGUAAAGAUUCUUCUGGAUCAAUAACCUCCCAGAGGUCUUCCAAACCACUUCCGUCUUUAGAUGUACCUUUGGGUGAUCCUAUUACCAUUGCUUCACCUCAGCAAAUACCGGCAGCCCCUGCUUUGCACCACGCCAGCCUGACGUCGUCAUUGAAUGUUGGCACAAUGGCGAGUAACCCUGAAUUGACGCAACCUCUUCGCAGUACAACACCUACCGAAUCGCAAUCGCAACCACCUCCCCGCAAAUCACCACGUAAACCGCCUCCUCCCAAUCUCGGUAUAACACCUCCAAAUCCAGCUUCUCUACUUUCCACCCCCAAUCCGUCAGGAUCAGCUACACCUGCAGCAACACCACCUGUCCCACUCAAGAGUCCAUUGAGGAGUAUCAGCGGAGGAUCCUCGGUGACUUCUUACAAUUCAUAUUCGUCUGUUGAGAUUCCGGGAGAAAUUUCUGUCGAAACUGGAAUAGGGCUAGGCUUCGAAGGGAAACUGGGACUUGAAGUGGAAGGCAAGGUGGAGAAAGUGAGGAGAGUGAAGAAGCUUGCUUCGAUGGAUUCCAUCAUUGCCAAUGCUGGUACACCGCUCACAAGCCAAACUCGAAUGACACGCCUCGUGUCCGCCACAGCAGAUGAUCAUACGUCCCAAUCGCCCUCUCAAAAAGACGUGAAUGCACUGAAGAAGCCGGACGACGCACGUUUCACCAUGCUCACAGCACCUUCCAUUUACUCGCAAGACUCGGCUCCAUCUUCAGCUACGAGCUCGGCUGGGUUGACUGAUAGUCCGACAGAAUCUACCUCCACGGCAGGGAAGGCUGGAAGUGGAAACGCGUCGGAGAGUACUAAAGGAAGUGGAAGGAGGAGGCCGAUGUCGGGAGUGUUCACACAAAUGGCGGUUGGAUGGGGAAAGAUGAAAGAGGAGAGGGAAAAGAGAAAAAGUGUUGAUCUGGGCAACAGCGGGCAUCGGAGAUCGUCUUCUCUUCCUCGCCCAAAGUUAGUCUUGCCAGAUGAGGGAUUCCUUACUUCUGGUAUUACUACCGAGUCUCCGGAUACUGCCCACACCAACGCUUCGAGCACUACAGUGGCCUCUAACUUUUCAACCCGUCCAACAUUAGGUCACACUCCUCUGUCGUCUGUGCCUCCGUCUUCCCUUGGUGCGAGACCAACAGACCGAUCCCAUGGCAAAUCACCGUCACUCCCUAUCCUUCGUCGUUAUCCUACUUCGCCUACCUCCACUGAUCCGACCUCCAAAGGCAACUCCAUCCCUCCACCUAGUCCUCGACGAGCUGAAACCUCAACCGCCCUCUCUUCUUUCCUUUCUCCAUCUUCUACGACGUCCCCCGCUACAUCAGGUGUCAGCAAACGAUCACACCUUUUGAGAGAGAUUGCCACAUCUGAACGAGCAUACGCUAGAGAUUUGAAGCUGGUGAGAGACGCGUAUAUGUGCUCACAUUCCCAACAGUUUCGAGAAGGAUCCUUAUCAUCCAUGUCGAGCUCUGCCUCCGUAUCAACUUCCGACUCUGACAAGUCAAAGCGGCGAUCAAUGUACAUGUCCCACACUCAAAGUCUCAGUGUCAGCCAGACGUCAAGCACGCAACGUGAAGCGUUACCUAAAAGCCCCAGUGAAGGAAUGAACCUUACUCUUCAAGCGGCGCCGCCUGUUGGGGCAAUGUCCCCUCCAGUAGGUAAACCUCUUUCACCGGCCGAUGUCAAAGCUGUAUUUUUGAACCUUGAUCAGUUGGCGGCUGUGGCUGAGGAGCUGGCAACAAAAUUCGAGGAAGCUGUGGGAGAGGAUGAGGAAGAGGGAAGGGAGUGUGAGGGCGGGAGUGAUCGUAUGGGAGAAGUUUUCGUUUCUAUGGUACCGAAACUCCAACCCCUCUAUAGCUACUUUUGCGCUCGCCAAUCGUCAGCCUCGCGCCAUUUAAUGACCCUCCAAUCCAAUCCUUCUCAUUUUACAUACCUCUCACAACGCUGGUCCUCAAUAUCCACUCAAACUCGCGCUUGGAAUCUCGACUCUAUGCUCAUCAAGCCUGUUCAGCGAAUUACCAAGUAUCCGCUACUGUUUGAAGACCUGUUGAAAAUGACAACCCCAGUGCAUGCGGAUUAUUUCAAGAUUCGGGAGGCCAAGGAGAUGGCAAGAGGUAUGGCGGUGGAGAUUGAUGAAGGGAAGAGGAGGAAGGAAGCUGUCGAGAAUGCGAUAGGGAAGAAGAAUAUGAUGGCUCAGCCGACAGUGAAGGAUACAAAAAAUUUAGUCAGCAAGACUCAGGGAUCAAAGCUCCUUGGCUUGAAGAGGUUCCGUAAAGAUAAACCGAGAGCCCCUUCGUCAUCUACACCCGACCUUGUAUCCCCUCAGCAAAUAGCUCAGUCUUCGCUCAACCAACUCAGCGAGCUGUCUGCCAGGCUUACUGCUCUUGAUGAAGGAGUUAGGAAGAUUGGACAGGAGAUUAUGCUGUGGACGGCGGCCGCAAAGGAGACAUUUGUAGCCCAGGAUGAUCUUGUCAAAACGUGGCUGCAUGUCGUGCAACUUGAACCUACCGACCCGACUGACCAGAGGAUGUUGGAGAUGCGAAGGGUUAUCGACGGUAUUGUGUCAGAAGCGUGGGGAGGGUUGAAUAUGGAGGUUGAAGACCUGAUAAUACCGAUCCUAUCCAAUCUUCUCAACUCCACCAGCAACCCACGCAGAGUCCUUUCCAAACGUUCCGCUAAGCACCCUGAUUAUACUCGCUAUCACGCUUUCAGAGUAUCGAAGCGUACACCAGACAGAGAUAUUGUGCAGGGCGCUCUGGAGUUUGUAGCUUUGCAUGAGCAGUUGAUCGAAGAGUUACCGACAUUCUUAGAAGGAUGUCUGAGAAUUUUGGAUAUUGCUGUUGUCGGGUUCGCAAGAGCCCAGGCAAAAUACUUUCGGACGACGCGAGACCGGUUGAGGGCGUUUGCAGAGGGAUGGAUUCAAUCGCCUCUUGGUGCCAGUUUGGCCACGGGCGGGUCAAGUGGGGAAAGCAAUGUGGUAGCAGGGGCGGAUAUAGUAAAAGCGUGGCAAGAAAGUUGGGAACCUUAUGCGGAAGCCAUGGAUAAGUUUGAGUGCACCAAGGCUUCAUUCAAACCAGCCAAGUUGAAGCACAAAGAUUCCGCUUAUCGAGGUGAUCUUCACCCUCCUGGGCUUCGACACUCUGCUUCUACCACUAGCGCAUUUUCACCACCAUCUUCUCGGCCCGAAAGCCCUGCUUUCAGCGUACCCACUCGUGUACGGUCGUCCUCGCUCCGCGAUUCAUUCACCACCGCCCCAACUAUCAUCACACCUCAUACAUCAUCAUCUACGUUUGCAAGUUACGGUAGUCAAGCAUUGAGUAAAGACAGCCAGAGUGCAGGCCGUUUCAAUCUCCUUCGCCGAUCCAGCUCAAAGAACAACACCAACGCGCCUUCCAGACCCCCAUCCCGCCCCACUCAUUCCCGUCGUGGCUCAGGCCUUCGUCCUGCCUCUCUCGCAUCGGACAGCAGUAGGUUGUCUUGGGGCCUACCUCAGAUCCCAGCCGAGGGGGCGGGCAAAAUCUUUGACUCACUUGGGUUUUCGCCCACUGACUCCUUUUCACUCAUGUCAGCGACAUCACCGACUUCAGCAUCUAGCAGAAUUGAAGAAAUGGCCGAGAGGUCGCCUCAUUUGGGGGCGAGUGCACCAGAGUUUAGCAGUUUAAGGAUGUCGCCUUAUUCACCCAACGGUGCGUUUGUGGGCCAAGUGCCCAUGCCUAAGCACCCUUUUGCUGUAAGCCCGGCCAGUGAAACUUGUUCUAGGUCUGGAUCAAGGGCCGAUGCAAGAAGAAUGAAAGGGGGAGAGAUUGAUGUGGCAGAAGGCUGGAGAAAUGAAAAGGUUAUCUAUCAAUGUGCUUGUGUUGCCGACUUCGAGCCGAUUGAGCUGGGAAACAAAAAGUACAGAGGUCUUUGGUUCUUACCCAUGAUGGUGGGUGACCUUAUCGAUGUAUUCCAUGAAGUGGGUCGUAUCGAAGAACUGCCUUCUUUCCCGUAUCCCGAAGUCGGCGUUGAGAAUGAUGGUAUCCUCGUUGGACGUGCAGAGAAUGGCGAGAUUGGCUUGGUGAUCUGCAGUUUUUUGGAGCCGUUAAGGUGAACGGAUCCUGACUUUUAUUCUUCUUGAGAAGAUGAAAAACAUUAAAAUCUUGUCUUUUUGAUUUGUGAAAUAGCAUAGUUGUAUUGUAUACAUUUGUAGCAUUUGGGUUUUUGUACCGGAUAAUAAGACCUUUAGUCACCAAAGUGGUAUGACUAAGAGCUUGUUAUUAGAGCCAUAUGCAUAGUCUUGAACUUGCUCGGCAUUAUUGUUAUCGCUCCCGCAGGUCUUUAUCAUUCGCCAUAGUGCUCAAGAAGGCCGUAGAAAGCUGUAGCCAUGCCACCUAAAGAUCAGAGUAAUA